ACUUUGUAAAGUGGCGAACACAGCAAAGGACUACCAAGAUGGCGGAUAUCACGUGAUCAUGUACGAGCGCUAGCUAUAUUUUCGAACCCGUAUAUAGGCCUACACGAGACUGCUACGUAUUUUCAAUGCUUGUAUCCAGAGGAUCAUGGGUUUAAGUUUUCUUAAAGGUCAAAUAUAGAGGCAUAGAGUUUUCACGGAAUCACGGAGUCAAUGUUGAAAUCGAAGAUCUAUGAUAUUAAAAAAAACGAAUAUAUAUUCCCAUCGAAGCCUUUAUCUUAUAUUCUGUCAACGACCUCAACUACAGUCUGAUCCCGUGUGUUCACAUUGUUUUAACCUGGAAAAUAGAUGGAUUGAAAAUUGAAUGUAUAGAACUUGAUAUUUUGUUGUUAUGGAAUCAUCGACUAAGCGUGUUUUGUUAGGUCACUGUGUACACACAUUUGCACUUGCCUUUCAGUCUCUUAGUGUUGAGGUUAUAUCUAUUUGAUUUGAACUACAUAACGCUCGAAUUGUUUACCUAUGGGAUAUCGGCAUAUACAAGAAUCGAAUUGUAAUUGUACGUGACCCGAAACGUUGGAUUGAUAGUAAGUUGAUAUGGCGUCUCUUGUCUAUAUAUUUCUUCUCAUUGUGGGAAGUUAUACAAACUCUUGCAACGUUGAAGCUGCUAACAUUUUCGUGUCUUCAGUCUACGGCGAGGGUAGCCAUUUCUUAGCAGCAUCGGCCAUCGGUCAAAGGUUAAUUGCACGCGGUCACAAUGUGACUUUCUUGAUAAGUAGCGCUUACUACGAACAUCGAGCAAAGAACCCGAAGUUCUCCAACUUUUCCUACGAAGUUUUCAAGCAUCCUAUACCCGACCAUGAAGUACGCGAGAUGUUCAAAACCUUGAAUAGUCUAGCUUUCGUCGACCAGGAUAAGCAGUUUAUGGAAAUGAUGAAGUUAGUUUCGAAACGCAUGGCCGAUGAUUGUGAAUUACUGCUUUCGGAUAAACAAUUUGAGUCUAGAUUAGAAGGGUUCGACGCAAUUAUGUUGGAUAUUGCUUGGCCCUGUGGACUCCUGAUCAGGGAGAUUUUAAGAAGAAAUGAAAACUCUGUAGCGAUGAUUGCAUUCACACCCACGCCUCCUUGGAGUGGUUUUCUAUCUGCGUCAGGUUCAUCAUUCAACUAUGCAUACCAAACAGAAAUGACAACAGGUCUUCCAAACAACAUGACUUUUGCACAAAGACUUUAUAAUCUAUGCUAUUCCACAUUUGUAGCUGCUCUAGCUGAGUUCUUCUUCUACGCUCCUUAUUCUGAAAUAGGAAAGAGACUUGGAUUUCCCGAUAUACACUUUGUUCAUAGCUAUUCCGAUUUUGACCUUCAUUUGACAAAUGUUGACUUUGCGUCGGAAUUUAUCUAUCCAUUGGCACCCAAUGUAUUUCCUGUUGGUGGUCUCACAGUGGCUGCCCCGGCUCUUCUUGGAAAGGUACAUGGCCCCGAACUUAGUCAACAGCCAACCAACAGCCGAGGCAAGUACGAUGCCUACAACAGGUCACACGAUGGCACCCGAACCACUCACGAAGGCAACACGAAGAUGUGA